AUGGAUGUUGCAGAAGGUGCUCAGUCAGCGACGGCGACGGUGCACCCACGCGAGCAAGUGGUUCUUCCUGGAGAUCAAGUCAAACUCAUGUGCCGGACGGCCGUGCCGAUAGUGUACUGCCGCAUGGAGACCCCCAGGGGCGGCAAACCCUUGUUCCUGAACCCCAGCACGAAAGUGACAACCACUGGGGAUCCCGUCUACUACGGUGAAGGCUACGAGAAGGGCCAGUGCGGCAUGAUGCUCCAACGGGCGUCAGACCGUGACAACGGUGUUUGGAAGUGCACCAUGGGAAAUGCUCAGAGCGCAGAAGAGCUGGUGGAGACUGCCAUCAUCACUGUCGCCCGAGCACCAGUGCAGCCGCAGAUCUUCCUGACACCAUCGGACUCGACAACGGGAGACGGCAAUCGGUAUGAAUUAGUUGCGGGGAAAUCCGUUCACGCCUCGUGUAGCAUCCCCAAUGGCCGGCCACCUGCCAACCUCACCUGGUUCAUUGGUGAUCAACCAGUGACUGAUGGAUUAUCAAGGCUGGAAGAGACAAGAGGCACAGUAAAUGAGACGUGGACAGUAUCACAGAACUUGACAAGAGAAGUCACAUGGCAAGAUAAUGGGAAAUAUUUACGUUGCAUCUCCCAGCAUCUUGCACUUACUAAUGCUGCAAUGAAUGAAAGUAGAAUCAUGCUGAAUGUAACAUAUCCACCUCAGCCACAGUUAUCCUCUCCGACUGAGCAGUUUGGAUUUGAAGUUGGUAAGGAAGGAAUAAUCAAAGUGCAAAUUCAAGCAAACCCAAUGCCAAGAGUAGUAUGGGAAGUUGAUGGAAAACAGGUUCAAGAGGGUUCCACUGAUCCUGAAAACCACUAUCAAGCAAGCAUUCCAGAAAACUUGGGAGGAGGCACAUGGGAAGCAACCUUAAGAAUCACCCGUGUUGAAGAGACAGAUAUAAAUAAGCAGUUCACACUUAAAGCAUCAAAUUACUAUGGAUCAGCAACUUACAAAAUAUCUCUGUCUACAAGUUCAGAGCCUACAGCUCAAAAUGGAUUUUCAGUGAUGGAGCUUGGAGCUGGCUCAAUUAUUGGUAUUGUAGUGGCAAUCCUCUUCGUGCUACUUGUCAUCUUCCUUGUGAUUUUUGCCAGAGCAACAGGCCGAUGGUGUUUUGCAGGUGGAGUAUCCUCAUCACGAAAUGACAUUCGAGAGUCAAGUGACACAGAAAGUGCUGAUCAUGGCCCUGCAAACAAGACAAAGACACCAAAGAUGAAUCUCAGCUACAUUUUCAGCAAGAAAAAAGAUAAAGUAUCUGAUGAGCCCCCAGAACCUCCCAAGAUGGAACCAGAAAUACAAUCAGCAGCUGAGCCUCUCCAACAGAAAACAAGUCGUGGUGACAUAGUUUAUGCAGAACUUGAUCUGAAAGAUGUAGCGGGAAAACCACGACCACAGGUUCGACCAGAGGAGGACAGGACAGAAUAUGCAGAAAUUGUGUACACAGCGAAGUCAAAAGAACCUGAUCUACAAGAGAAAUAAGAAGAAACUCUUAAAUGUAACAUAAUGUAAUUUUUGUUUUCUGUAAAUGAACAGUCUUGUGUUGAAAUAACUGUGCAUACGAUUGCAUUGCUAAUUCAGAACACAUGCACUAAUGUUUUGCAGCACUGAGCUGUGUUGACACUCACUGAAAAAAACAUCAGAUUGUGAAAUUAAUAACUACAUAUAUAAUUACAUGACAUUAUUGAUAUUAAUAGGGAAUAAGUAAUUUUUCCUACAUCAGUGUCUCAUAUUAAGUGACAAAGCAGCUUAGUGUCUGUAUAUGACAAUCACCUUCGGCUUUAUUCUCUCUCUCUCUCUCUCUCUCUCUUUCUCUCUCUCUCUCUCUCCAAAUUAUUGGGAGUAAUGUCUCCUGGCACUGUAACAUGAAUUCAGAGCUCCACAAUGUCAGCGCCUUAUCCUUUCUUUUCUGGGCAUGUUUGUUUUAAAUUUUGUGAGUGUCAUUCUCUGGUUUGUCAUCUCCCUAUACCUUCCCAACAGGCUCUCCCUUCCUUUCUCCCUUUAUUUAAUUUUUCAGAAUUGGAAUAAUCUCAAGAUUCAGUGUACUUGUAACAACUGUGGCCAUAUCAAUCAUUUCCGCCCUGUAAAGAAAACUUUUGUUCAUCUUCAGUAACGACAACACUACGGAAGUUCUACCAUACUGCAUUUUAAUUCAUUGAUUUCUUAAUUAACUGUUCCUACAGUAUAUUAUUGAUACUACUUUCAUAACUGUCUUAUAUUUGGUUACACUGGUUAGCUGCCCAAUAAGGCAUUAUUUGCGAAUGCAGGCUUCCUCAAUCAACUGCAUUGACAAAUUCUUGUCAGGAAAUCAGCGGAGUAGUAUUUUUCUUUCAGAGUAAUCUUUCUUACUUGACGUCUUCUGGCAAAAUUUGCUUCUUGAAACACUGCUAAAUUGAAAAUAUUUCUCGGCUGAUUUCCCCAAGAAAAACUAUCAAGAUAUUAUUUGUUCUUCAUUAUACAUAUUUUAGCUGUAGUUGUAUGAACAUGUGACAUGAAUGAUUCAUUAGCUUUUAGUGUAAUAAUAUAUGUAAAUAAUAGUGUAAGUUGAUGAGUGCACAAAAUUAGACGUGCUGUUCAUAGAGUUAAAAGCAUUGGAUAGUGAUAGUAAUAGUUCCAGCUAUGAUUGUACAUGUUUCAUAAAGGAUGAAAAUGAUGAAAAAAAAAAUGUGGAGCUCACAUGCAAUAAGAUGGAAUGUCAAGUCUGAGAUUCAAAUAGGAUCAUUAUACCUAUAGCCAUGUCAAGUAGGUGUUUGAUCAUACCAGUGCUGCCAGUUCAAAAGAGUAAUUUGUCACCACAUUUUUCAGUGUCAUUUAUUGCAAAACAGUAUAAAUGUAGGUGAUAGAUGUACCUUGACCACAGAAAAUACCUACACUGUCCAGAAUAAAUUUACUUAUGAAAUUAAAAACACUUUUACUGCAUAAUAUUGCAGCUGUAAGCACAUCAUCCUUUAUGAAAUAUUUGUAUGACAAUGUGGAUAUGUACGGACAAAAACUUAAAGAUCUCAGAACACAGCUUUUCCCUAUCUUUCACAAACUUUUACUGUGCACAACCUAGGUUUUGGGUUCCAUGCCUGCUUUAAAGUGUUAUACUUUUGCAAAGGUGAUAUUAUUGAACACUAGUCUGGAAUCAUCCACAAGCAGUGAGUGAGAUAACUAGAUUUGAUGAUUUAGUAGCUGCUCAGGAUUAUCUCUAUGUUGUUUUUGCAUGGUAUAUCUUCUUAAUGCCCUGAAUGUGUUUGAACAUCUAUAACAUAUUUCCAAACAACCAAACUACUUGAAGGUGAAGUUAGUUUUCUGGGAUUUCCAGCAUCUGUAAUGUUUCUUCUACUUGAGACUGAGCUACAUGUUUUUCCUACAAAGAAUGAGCUACACUUCUUGCACAUGAGCUUGUAAUUCCACUUUUAUUCACCAAGGACUGCGUGCUUAUAACUGAACAAAUGUUUACCUUUUGUGUCAAUAACAUCACUGAUAACUGAAUAAUUUUUAGGUAUCAAGUUGGUGCUGAUUCUGACAAUUUUCUCACAUAUAGCCUCAUGCACUUUUUCUUGGCUAUCAUUUGAAAAAGUAUUAUUGUUAUUACUAAAAUGUUUGUCUUCCGCAGAGUAGUCUACUUUUGAGGGCCAGCGGGUACUUAUUUCUUGAAGCUGUUGUACCGAUAGUUUGUAGUCCAUAGUCAAAAUCAACUGCAAACAAAGUGCCGAAAGCAAGUGGUCUAACAUAGAAUAAGCAUGUUUGUAGAGAACUGGAUGAAUUAAUGCAGCUGAAAUAAAGAAACUCAUUAAUGCACCCUUUUUGGGUAUUUUUGGCUGAUGGAUUAUGGUAUGGAUAUCUUCGGUAAAAUGUACAAAGCUGAUGGCAGUGCCUUGUAUUUCCAUAUUGAACUAUGUAUGUUGCUUACUCAUCAAACAGUGAACAUCCAGGAUAGAAUAAUGACAGUAUUGUGAAAAGUAUAGAUUGCUACUCACCACAUAGUGGAAAUGUUGGAGUCGUAGACAGGCACAGUAAAAAGACUGCUAAACACAUAAGCUUUCGGCCAGAAGACCAUCUAUGAAAUAGACCCCCCCCCCCCCCCCCCCCCACACACACACACACAGAUAUUCACAGGUCAAACACACAUGACCACUGUCUGUGGCUUGACACUUAGAGACAGUGCUCUGCAUUUGCGUAAAUGUGUGUCUUUUUGUUGUGCCUGUCUGCUACCCUUUUCAUAAUAUUACUUAUUCAUUAUCUUUAUGGAGGUAUGAUGUUACCUUUUAAUUCAUUUCCACGAAGACAACACAUCAUCUACGCACCUCUAUGAGUGCUGUGUUCACUUACUCACUGCUUCUGGAUAACGCCAAAUGUAUUAAAUAAAAUUCUAGUCCAUUCUCCACAUAUUGUGUUUACUUAGUAAAUAAUAUUACUUCAAGGUUAUAAAUUUUGUAGUAACACUAACCAACAUAAAAAACUGCCUGAAUAGUGGGAGCUCCCCAUUCUGUAUGUUCUGUAGAAAAUAAUGCACUAUUUUAAAAAAUGUGAAGUGAUCCCACUCUCCGUUCAUCUUUUAUUCCAAGUUACAUAUUGCAACAUUAAUUUUCUGAGAUAGUCUAUAAUUCAAAACAUAUUUAUAAUUGCUGCUUGUUUCUUUUAGAGGUUGUUGACUCUGCUUGUUAACACAACAGUAUGCAUGAAUAACAACUUUGCAACAGAGUAACACUAACAUUACAGGUCCAAAACAUAGCACAGGUAAAAUAAAAGUUUGUGAAACCUAGGUGAAAAUGUGUUUCCUUGUGUAAUAAUUACAACAUUCCAAGUCAAUUAAAACAUAAUAUAUCUUGUUAACAUGGAUCAUAACACUUGUGGGCAUCCCAUCCAUGUUGCAGUGUCACUGAAACUGCUAAUUUUUGAGAAAUCAAAAAUAAAUAAAAUCUGAAAUUUGGCCCAUCCAGGAAUCAGCUAGUAAGAUUCAAUUAUUUGUUUCCAUAUUUAGUGCUGCUAAAAGUAAUAAAAAUGCCUUAGUUCAUUUUUAAGCUGAAAAAUAGCAUAUUAUGAACAGUAGUUUUAUGAAACACAGUUCAUGCAUUCCAGAUGAGUACAGUCAGUUACAAAAUUGAAAAAUCAGUGAAUGCAAGAGCUGUAUUUUAAUGGUCGACACUAUCCUUCACAUACAGCUUUCAAUAAUGAUGCACUUGUAUCCUCAUAA